UUCUGGCGUUUAAGAGACACUGAACUGAACCCAACUCUUUUUUUUUUUUUUAAACAAAUACAUUCUGCAUGUAUUCCAAUUCAAUAUAUCGGUAGAUUUCUCCAGAUCGUGCGAUAAGGUUUUAUAGCGCUUGGCUGCUGACUGCAAGCAAUACAGAUAGGAUUCUGUUGGUUGUUAUGCUCUGAUUCACAGCAUACAGCACACCUGGCCUUAGUGACACCUAUGCUCCUGUGCUGCCUGUUGUACUGAAAGAUAAGCAGAAGACCAGUUGUUGAGAGUUUGUGUGUCUGGGAUCUCUGCUUAGCUAGCCAUGGGAGGAGCUGUGAGUGCUGGAGAGGAUAACGAUGAAUUAAUCGACAAUCUGAAGGAGGCUCAGUACAUUCGCACUGAGAGGGUGGAGCAAGCCUUUCGAGCCAUUGACCGGGGAGAGUACUACCUGGAGGGAUACAGGGACAAUGCCUACAAAGACUUAGCCUGGAAGCAUGGCAACAUUCAUUUGUCAGCACCAUGCAUUUACUCUGAAGUGAUGGAGGCACUGAAACUACAACAGGGGUUGUCCUUUCUGAACCUUGGAAGUGGAACUGGCUACUUGAGUACAAUGGUGGGCUUAAUCAUAGGUCCAUUUGGAGUUAACCAUGGAGUUGAGCUUCAUACAGAUGUGGUAGAAUACGCCAGGGAAAAACUAGAUGAUUUUAUCAAAGAUGGUGAUAGCUUUGAUAAGUUUGAGUUUUGUGAGCCCAGCUUUGUUGUUGGUAAUUGCUUGGAGAUUUCUUCAGACUGUCAUCAGUAUGACCGAAUCUACUGUGGUGCCGGAGUUCAGAAGGAUCAUGAGAACUACAUGAAAAUACUGCUGAAAGUAGGGGGAAUCCUUGUAAUGCCUAUUGAAGAUCAGCUGACCCAGAUAAUGAGGACAGGACAAAACACAUGGGAAAGCAAAAAUAUCCUUGCCGUGUCAUUUGCACCUCUUAUUCAGCCAAACAAAACAGACAGAAGCAAAACGGAUACAGUGAAUCUGCCCCCAAUAUCUGUCAGAAGCUUACAGGACUUGGCCCGCAUCUACAUUCGGCGCACCCUUAGAAACGUAAUCAAUGAUGAAACGCAGGCCAAAGGCACUCCCCAGAGAGCACCUCAGAAGCGCAAAAGGAGGAGGUGUCGACAGCGUAGAAUCAACAGCUAUGUAUUUGUAGAAAAUCAGCUAAUCCCCCAGCCUGUUGAUAGUGAAGAAGAUGAACGAAUGGAGGAGGAUAGUAAAGAAGAGGAAGAAAAAGAGAGCAAUGAGAGCGUCAAGCAAGAGGAGCCACCGCAGAAUCUGCUCAGAGAAAAAAUAAUGUUUUUGCCUUUACCAGAAUCUUUAAAAGCAUACUUGACGUACUAUAGGGACAAAUAACUCACCUUCUGAAACAUUUCUCUUAUUUUUAAAUGUAGCAUUUUUUGGGGGGGGGGGGUGUAUCCAGUUGGUCUUUAAGUAGAUGACACUGCCAUGGUAAAGGCGAUCACAAAUUACAUCACCGAUUUACAAGCAGUUUUCUGAACAGAACUUAUAACCUAUAGAUUUAAAUAUAUUCUGAAAAAUCCAAGAAGCAACUGUUUAUGCUUCUUUCCUACUUGCUCAUAACAAAAUACUGUUCUUGUGGACAUAGGAGUCGUAAUAUACAAAAAAAAAAAAACUAACAGCAUUUGGUUCAAAUAAUUUAUUGUGAUGGUCAUCAAAAGACUUUGAUGCGUUGAACAAGACUGCAAUUUCCCCAAAGUGUGCUUAUUUGAAAAUAAGUUUGCCUUUGUAAAUAUAAUACAUGGGGGCUUGCAUUGGCACAUUGAGCAAAUGCACUUUAUUUGGUUUGACUUGGAGUAUGUAGCAGGGUUCUGAAAAAUGCAGUGUUAUACUUCCCCACGUGUUGCUACAACUAUUUAAAUAAUGUACCUUUAAUUUUUCUUUUCGUUGUUAACAUCCUGACACGUUUUUACACUUAUAAAUGUAGUCUGUCUCAAAGGUCUUUUAAAGAUGUCUGCUCUGGUGCACUCGGGUUUGAAAUCAGAGGUGUGCCCUCUAUCUGAUCACAUCCCAAUUAAGCUGGGGGAGUGACGAGGGUGUGGUUUCAACUGAGAGACUGUUGUGAUUGGAUACAAACUGAAAGGCUGUGUGGCUGCAGUGACUCGGUGUGGAGUUUUGAAGCAUGGAAGUAGAGAGGAAUGUGAAAGAGUAGACAGGGAGAAUAUAAAUUGACAUUUUUAGAACCCAGAAAUCUUUUUAUGUUCGGUAGUGUUGCGAAUAACCCCAUCGUGAUGCAGAAUAUUCACUUUACCCGAAACCGAUCUGAAGAAGAUGAUCCGCUUUUUUACUUUUGAAAUGUGAAUAAAUUGGAUGGUUUGAUAAUUUUAUUUAAAAGCAUAGGUUGACAAUGUAUUUAUUAGGCAUGAAGAAUUGUACACUUUGUUUUAUAGUUUAUAGAUUUAUACUAUUAAGUUAAAGUUGUGGAUGAACAUAUGACUUACAAUACAGUACGUCCCUUUCUUAAACAAGAUAGCUUUCAUGUCUCUUCAUAAAGGAUCGUCUUCAGUUUAAUACAAUAUUAAUACAUAAUAAAUACAAUAUAAAUAAAUAAACACAUCAGAUGGUUUGAUAAUUGUAUUUAAAAGCAUAGAAUAUGCCUAUGUAUUACCGCAUUAACUUUUGUUUUUUGUUUUUUUAAUUUCCAGUAGCCUAGUUUUACACAUUUGGGGCUAACCCGAGAAUAAUUCAAACUGAGAUCAGUAAUUCAAAGUAGUCUCACUUUGACAUGAAGGGAUUUAUUUAUUUAUGUAUUGAUUUAUGUACUAGUAUUGUAUGAAACUGAAGACAAUCCUAUAUGAAGAGAAAUGAAAGCUAAUGUACUGUAUAGUAUUUCGUAUGUUCCUCCACAACUUUAAACACUAAAGUUUUCUGUAAAAUUAUUAAAAACAACUGUGUACAAUUCUACCCAUAGACCAUGUUUAUUUAUUUUUCAUCCUUCAUGUAAAAAUGAGUAGUUGGAAUUAUUCUCUAGGGUAGCCCCAGUUGUGUCCAGCUAUUUUGAAAAAAAAAAAACUUUAUGCGGUAGCCUAAAAUGAUCAAACCAUCUUAUUUUAUUUAUUUAUUUAUUUGUAUUUAUUUAUUUAUUUACAGUUCAAAAGUACAAACAUGGAUCUUCUUCAGAUCGCUUUCAGGUAAAGUUAAUUUUCUGCAUCGUGAUGGGGUCAUUCGCAAACCCAAGCCGACCACAUAAAGAUUCCGGGGUUUCAAAAAUGUUAAUUAACCCCAAAUCAAUUGAGUUAACCCGAUCCCAAUGGGGUCUUAGUGUAGAGAUCAGAGAGAGGACAUACCUGUCAUCUCAAACCUGAGUGCACUAGAGCAGACAUCUUGAAGAGACCUUUGAGAUGGACUUUAAAUUUAUAAGUGCAAGAACAGUGAAAAUAAGAAUUACAGGUACGUCAUUUAAACAGGUGUAGCAACACAUGGGACGUAUAUUUUUUGGAACCCCGCUACUUACUCUUUAAGCAUAUUAGGGCAGGAACUUUUCUGCUUUCAAAUUUUGUUUCUGAACAAAGUUGUAGCUUACCAGCCACAGGUAAAUCAAUCCUUAUCCCUUUAAAUGGUAGCAUUAAAUUAUACUGGUGACUGUGUGUAGCUCUGGGACCUUUAAAGAAACAAGAUAUUUUUGCUGAAGAAAACAUUUAGUAAUGUUUUUUUUCAUCUCUUUGCUGGAUGGAGUUUAGCUGUCAACUGUACGGCUUAGCUUAUUGGCAAAGGAGUAUUGGUAAAGGCAGUGACAAGGAUGUGUUAAGAUAAUCUAUAGCUGUAUCUGUUUGUAUAGGAGGGACAGCGGGGCUUUGAUUUGCUGAGGUGAUCGUGUAAAUUACAGGGAUGCCUUUACAUUCCUUAAGGGUUUAUGAAUAAUAAUGAAAAAAUGAAAAUAAAACAUUUACAGCAUGGGAGUAGCAUGUAGCCAUGUUUUACUUGCAUGUAGCCAAACCACUUGUUGCUACAUGGUAAUGCAGUGCACCACAUUUUAUUUUUUUUACGUAUGUUUUAUUUUACUUUUCUUUCAUUUAAAAUGUAAUUAUUGUUCUUCAGGGCACGAAACGUACAAAGAAAACCGGUUGGCUAGCUGGUUACCCCAAAAGAACAUGUAACUCCCUGUUUUUUUUCACUUUGAGAGUACCUUGUUGCACGUCCCUGAUUAUACAGCAAGGCAGCAAUAAAUAAAUGUUCUCCACUGCAAAGGAGUAUGGGAGCGCUAGUUAUGUUAGGUGUACAAUGCUCUGUGAAUAGGAAGGCUUGACAACCAUGAAUCUCCCAUAUACCUUUGAAUGAUGAAGAGGCCUUUCACACGUAUUAUCUGUAGCAUACAUUUACAAGGAUCGGGAACAUUGUUCUUUACAGGAACACUGGAUAGAAGCAACAUUUGCUUUCUAAAUCCGUCAAUAGAGAAUAUAGAUGGAGAUACUCGUUAGUUCCAAGAGCUUACUUGAAGACAAGACUAAUGGUGAAAAAAAAAAUCCUGCUUGAGGAAGACAGAAGCCAGUUAUACUGUACAACCAUGAAAGUGUGGAUCUCCUGAAUUCCUAUCCCUGAAAUGCCAAAUAUUUUUUUGGCACUGAACUCAUACUUGACCCUUAGCAUUACCAUGUAAACCGAAUUGUAUAAAGUUUAAUAUUAUUUGAAAAAAAAAAAAAAAAAAGAAUCAGUUUUUCUUCUUUUAAGUUUCUGUACCUUACGCUUUUGAAGAAUGAUGUUGUUCUGCACUUUUUGUCUUUUGGUCAUUUAUAUUAUAGGUACAGUAAGCGAUUGAUGUAUUUUCAUAAGGUAACUUUUUGGAUAAUUGAAAUAUAAAACUAUGGUAUAGUGUUUCCUUUGUGUUAAGAAUGUGGAUUACUUUACAUUGUAUAAAAAUGAGUGGUUAUAAGUUCCUAGAAUUUUUCCGGAGGGGGGAUAAGCUUGCCUCUUCUGCAAUUUAUGAAUACUGGGUUUUGCAAUAAAAUUUUAGAUGUAAUCAUU